AUGUCAUGGACGCCUGUUGCACUCCCAGCUCCUGCUCCGAACCAAGCGUACUUGGAUGUCUCAGCUCUCGACGGUGGACGUCUCGCUUGCCCCGCUUGGAUGAUCCUCAGCGGCGUCCCCAUGACCUCGAGCGAGCGUCUCGAGGUGCCGUCCCUCGGUUUCCUCCUGUCCCAUUCUGCAUCUGGGAAGAAGGUCGUGUACGCCCUCGGCAUGCCCAGACUCGAGGACCUCUCCACACUGCCAGGGUUCGAGACCUUCGCCCACAUAUAUCUCGGAGACGAGGGCAAAGUAAGCCCGCUUCGGCUGUUCACCUUCGAAAGUGAUGGGUGUGUCCAUGAUUCGCUCAAGAAGGGAGGAGUGCAGCCAGAGGAGGUGGACGUGGUCGUCAUCAGUCACCUGCACUGGGAUCACGUUGGAGACGCCCGCCCGUUCACCGAGGCUGAGUUCAUUCUUGGUUCGGGAGCCAAGGGUAUCACGAAUGGAGAGGACCCACAGACACAGAGUCCCGUUGUUAUUCAUGUCUCUGCGCCUGCCAAGCGGACGCGCUUCAUUGAGAAUUGGGAAACCUCCAUCGGCGGCUUAAAGGCGCACGACUUCUUCGGGGACGGGAGCGUGCACGUCCUCGAUACCACAGGUCAUCUUGGGGGCCAUAUCGCGUUCCUAGCUCGCACAUCUCUUGACGGAUCCUGGAUCCUUCUCGUAGGCGACACCGUGCACCACAUGAGCAUCCUGCACGGCGAGUGCGACUUCGCGUGCCAUGAUAAUGGCCACGGGGGCGUAUUAUGCAUGCACAGAGACCCUGAGAUGGCUCGUGACACUAUCAGGAAGCUCAAGGCAUUAGUGGAUAUGCCAAGGGCCCAACUGCAGAUCGCGAACGUCAACGCUGAUGAGGGAUUUUACCUCCCUGUAAAAUUUGCUCCCGUUACGUAG